AUGGCCUCUGAAAUCACCGAGCACGACCAGAACGCGUCGCCCUCCGUCCACGACGACGGCAAUGGCACCCUCGGCGUCGACUCCAACCGCGGCACCAAGCGCCCACGCCCGGCUGCCGACGACGAUGACGACGACGACGACAAGCCCGGCCGCGAGCGUCGCAAGAUUGAAAUCAAGUUCAUCCAGGACAAGUCGCGUCGUCACAUUACCUUUUCCAAGCGCAAGGCUGGCAUCAUGAAAAAGGCCUACGAACUAUCCGUCCUGACUGGCACGCAAGUGCUGCUGCUCGUCGUGUCCGAGACGGGUCUUGUCUACACCUUCACCACGCCCAAGCUGCAGCCCCUCGUAACGAAGCCUGAAGGUAAAAACUUGAUUCAGGCCUGCUUGAAUGCUCCAGAGCCCUCGAGCGGAGAUGCCAAUGGCGGCGACGUCGACAACCAGGUAGAGUCGCCAGAGGACAACCAACAUGCCCAGAUCCCCGCGCAGCAGCGUGGCAUGGCACCCAACCAGAACCCCAUGCCCCCGGCCUACAUGACGCCCGAGGCUGCUCUGCACUACCAGAGCUAUCUCCAGCAACAGCAGCAAUCAAACCAGUACCCAAUGGCGCAGCAAGGCAUGCCCCGUCAUCCUGGCGGCCACUACCCCCAAGACCAGAAGCUGCAAUAA